AUGGGAAAGCUGGCUGGAAAAUGCACUAUCGAAUAUUUGUUUCAUCUGUGUGACGUUCAAGUGCCGUAUUAUCUCGCUGAGUUGACCGAAAAAAUAGCACAUGAUGACAGGAUACCAAUUCUAAAGGCUUCCCAGGCAAAGCUGAAGGAAUUUAUCUCAUUUUGUGAGGCAAUGGAGCUGGUCCCAAAAGAGGGGUUAGAAUCUUAUAUUGUUACUGAUCAGAGGGCCAGAAAGAUAGCUAGAUUUAAAGGACAAAAAGCUGCAGAAUCGAAGUUGUUGGAAAUAAAUGAGCGGAAGGAACGGCGUGGGCGUUCUACUAAAGCAGCUGCCUUGUCCACCCCUGUUGAGGCAGGAGAGGAAGAACUAUUGGAUGACGAUGGAGAAGAAGAAAGAGAGGCUUGGAAUACUAGCAUAUCUUUGGCGAUCUGUAAGGCAUUUGAUCUUCUGGAAAUGAUUAAGAAAGAGGAGGAGAUGCUUUCUGCUGUAAAGGAUACACAAUCGAAGGAUGGGGAUCAGGAAUUUUCUAAGGAUGUCAUGGAUGACCGUGCCAAAAAAGCAGAAGCUUGGCAUCGAAAUGCCGCAGUUCGCGCACAGUAUACUAAGCCAUCUCCACCAAUCACAUGUGCUACCUUCGCUCAAGAUGUUCUGGAAGGAAGAGCACAAGCCUCACAAGCACAUGAUCACAAACACCAACCACUAAUAUUUGGGCCACAAAGUCUUGUGAAUGGAAGUUUUACAAACGAGAGAGAAAGAAUGGCAGCUCAGGUCUUCCAACCCAGUCAUAGGAUGCCAACUAUGAGCAUUGAGGAAGCAGGAUUAAAAGAAAUGGAAAUAAUGAAUACAUGGCAAGAGAACACUGCCAGAUUCAUUGAAGAAGCCAAUUCAUCUUGGCACAAUGAUAGGAAGUUUAAGCCAGGUGAAGAGGAGGAGGAUGAAGAUGAUGAUGCUGCACAAGAUAGAGCUAGAGCUUUGGAUGAUUGGAAGGAUGAUAAUCCGCAGGGUGCAGGAAAUUCGAAGCUUACCCCUUGUGGCUAAUUGAAUCUAUUCUUCCCAGGUUGAAGAAUAAUGAGCAACAGAUGAAUCUACGGUUGUCACGAAAUCUCAUUAUUUAUAUUGUUGAUUUUCUCCUAGUCUGUGUUAAAGAUUUUAUAUACCUGGAUACUCAUCCGACUACAUGUCUAUAUUUUUUUAGUGCA